AUGUCGGAUGUCGCGCUGAAACUCGAAGGGAUAGAAGAAGUACUGAAGAAGCUGACGAGUGUGGUGGACACGUAUUCGCGUCCACCGCCCUGGACUGAGAUCCGGUCCAUGAUCAGUGAGAUAGCAACGACCGUCCAAGAUCUCAAAGAAGAGGUGGAAGGCUCAGUCACUGUUACGAGUCACCACGGGAGAGCCAGGGCUGAUGGUCACAACGUUAUUCAGGAAGCUCGACUGCCCAAUUCAGCACCAUCGCGACAGGCAAGGCUGCAAGUCGACCAAAACCGUUCAGCCACUCAAGAGCGGCCUCAAGGGGGUGAAUCGGCUGCGAUAGAUGCCAGUGCUAUGGCCGACCGUCGGACAAACUCUACAUCACAGCUCAGCGAGUCGGCCCCGCACAAUAAUGACGCGCACUGGACCAUUCCUGAUCAUUCUCGCGCUGGCUCUACGACUGCUCACCAAAGAGCCGAAGUUUCAAGGCCCAGAGAAUAUGCUGCAGCCAGUGUGGUAGUUCCACAUUGUUCACCCCGUCCGGUUGCCUCUGCUCCUGCUCAGCCCGACUACUCUACGCCCGCCAUUUCUCAGACUCCUCGUAAUGACAACAUCACCGUCCCCCACCGCAAAGAGCACGGCGUUGUUGUGCUGAUGCCCUUAGACAUGGAUCAGUGUCGCGAUAUGCCGUUUCUUUUCUCUCAGGCUGUGGCCCUGGGGGCGCGCAAAACUGGAGUCUUCAAGUUCGUGCUACCGGACGAUUUUGAACCAGGUUCACACGCUGUAUCGAGCAUUACGACGCGCAUAUCUACUUUCGAGUCUCUUCUCGGGCCGGAUAACAUCUUUCGUAUUUCGCGGACUGAGGAUCGCGAAACGUUGUAUAUCAGCCAUGCCACUUUCGCACCUAUGGAGCCCGACGAACUCGCUGAGAUGGUGGAACGUCGUCUUGGCGAUCCUGAGGCGAUGAGCAAGAUGCGAUACUGUGCGGAUCUGCCGGCUCGGACCGCCGAAGAUCGGCGACUACUGGGUUUACCGGCGGAGUCCCCCAUCUGGCCUCUGAAGGAUAAUCUGUUAGAUCGCACCAAGUACAGCGUGCCCGGGUUCCAUUGGCCGUAUGGAUACGCAUCGAGUGAUGACGGAUCGCUCUCCGUCAUACACCGUGAGGACGGAAACCUAUCAUCUUUGAAUGCCCUACACCAUGGAAGGGAGAAACUCUGGUAUGUGGUGGCUCAGAAAGAUGGCCCUCUCAUCGAAAACCACGUGAAACGGGGGAAGUGUGCGCAGAAAGUGCGUCACGCUUCCCGCUGGAUUCCGCGGUCCAAACUCAACGCCAUUGGUGCUUCCUUUGUCGCCUUUGUUCAACGUCCGCGAGAGGUGGUCGUGGUGUGGGGAGACAGCUACCACCAAGGUGGCACCAUUGGCCCUACGGUUGCCGAAGCCGUCAACUAUGGCAACCCCAACUGGAGCAUCGAAGGCUACUCCGAAUGUAGCCCAAAUUGCAACGUAUUCCCUAUUCCCAAUACCUUUUUGGAAUUCCGCGAUCCGAGUGAACCACAGCGCGAGCAAGAGGCUGAAAGUGAGCGAGAGACUGAAAGUGAGCCAGAAGCGCACGAUUUACCGGUGUCUGGAAGACGCAAUCGUCUAGUUUCCAACGGCCCUAACCAGGCCGGAGAAGCAGCGGUUAGGAGCCUUGUGAGCCUUGGGAAGAGGCGCAGAGACCAGUCACCCACGCCGAGCGCGAGUGGGAAAAGGUCUCGGAUUUCGCGGAGUUCAGCCGACACGGAGAUGAUCGCUAAUCACAAUAUCUGGUCUGCUCCGAUCUCUCAAAUGGCGAAGGCCAUCUGCAGCAGAGCCGCUAUCGAGCAAUUUUUCGCGAUAGUCCGUGGUCGUCGGGAUAUUGAGCCUACAGCAUUGCGAAUGUCUCGUGGGAGAGACGGGUUACAAAGCAAUGAUCCGACUCGGAUGCUCCAGAAUGACAUAGCAGCUAUUCAUGUGUCUUACAGAAAGGGCGGCUUUCACCACUUCCUGGUCCGACUGUAUCAAGCCCGUCUUGCCCAGCAUGCCGAGGAGCUGAAGCGAAGCCGCGAAAUAGAAAUUGGACAAAGCCGCGGAAGGGUUCCGAAAGGCGGUAUUCAAAAGAUCCUUCAAGGUACGGGAAUGGACUCACGUCAGUUCCACUAUCAUCGCGAGAGAGGCACGACGUGGCGAACGUUCUCCGAAAUGUUUCCUGGUAUUCUAGCCUUUCUCCCCUUUCAGACACACGAAUUUGGAUUUUCUUCGAGGGACUGGGUCCGUCUCCAAGACAUCGACUUUCACUCUUUACGUGGUCACCUCGACAAGGAACAGAUCUCUGCUCUCUGCGCCGCCGGGAAGAAGUUUGAGGAUUCACUGGACCUCACUGCGGACGAUGUCGAAUUUGCCGGGGAGGAUGUGUCGCUGGAUAACGUCUCAGUGGAAGAUCUAUUUUCCUAUCUGGAACCCGUUCCAACAAUGGACGACAAUCAGUACCAGGAGGGCGAGUACCCGAAUUGGCGAAGACCACAGGAUUGGCCGGAGGACUGGCCUUGGCCGGUUGACCCUACAUACAUCCCUCCCGGCGAAAGGCAGUGCGAGUACUGUGACGAGAGCAAGUGCAACUGCUUUAAGCAUCGUCCUGAGAUACUGCCCCGUAUCCGGAUAUCCCCGGACAAAGGUCGAGGUCUACAAGCUGUUGCAAAGGAAGCCGGUCAUAUUGUCUACCCUAGGGGUACAAUUCUGGGAUAUGUGACAGGCAAAUUAGCACCUCCCAAUACGUACCACGACGGCCCGGGUCUUUUGCUGUUUAGGGACGAUCUUAUUAAUUGCCCGGAGGUCGCCCAGAUCAACUGCAUUGAGAGAAGCACCAUGUUCGGUUACCUGAAUCGUGCCUGUGUACCAACAAUCGAACUCGUGGGUCGGAGGGUGUCAGGAAGGUAUCGGAUGUCUAUUGUCGCUAGACGAGACAUUCUUGAUACAGAAGAACUCACGAUUACUUCCAACAGGGACUAUUGUGGAGAAAGGACAGAGUGUCCCUGUCCAACACGUCUCAUGCAGGUGCCAUAG